ACAGGAAAGUGAACGCCUCCAACAGCUGAUUGAUUUAGAAGAGAGCAUAGAUAAAAAGUUAAGUCUUCCUGAAAGAAUUUACGCUGAGCUACAUUAGUCUUUCAGAUUACCACCACGAUUACUGCUGCUGCAGACACAUCCUCAUCCGACUGACAAACUUCAAGAAAGGUCUCAAAACAAGAAUGGAGAAAAUUACUACUGCACCUUUUUCUCACAACAAUACAACAGAUGCCACUGGAAAAAAUGGCUCUUUGUAUCAUGAACAUGCUGAGCUGAGACAGUCUCUUAACAUCAUGUCUCUCAUUGUUUACUGUCUGGCAUUUGUUCUUGGUGUGCUCGGUAAUGGAGUGGUUAUCUGGGUGACCGGGUUCAAGAUGAAGAAAACUGUUAACACAGUUUGGUUCCUCAACCUCGCUUUGGCCGACUUCCUCUUCACAGCAUUCCUGCCCCUGAGUGUGACAUACACAGCUAUGGACUUCCACUGGCCUUUCGGCAACUUCACGUGCAAACUCAACAGCACUAUAAGUUUUCUGAACAUGUUUGCCAGUGUCUACAUUCUGGUGGUGAUCAGUGUGGACAGAUGUGUGUCUGUGGUGUGGCCCGUCUGGACCCGGAACCAUCGAAGUGUACGCAAGGCGUCCUUUGUGAGUCUGGGUGUUUGGGUUCUGGCUCUGAUUCUCAGCGCUCCAUACUUCAUCUUCAGAGACACUGGGCCAUCACAUGACAAUAACGACAUCAUCAACUGCUUCAACAACUUUGCUUUUUCUGAUGACUAUGAAACACCGUCUGUGAAUCAGCUGCGACAGUUUCGUAAUCAGGCCCUGACCAUCACCCGCUUCCUCCUGGGAUUUGUUGUUCCCUUCACUGUCAUUGUCUCCUGUUAUGCUGUGAUAAUCCAUCGUCUCAGAAGAAACCGUACCCUGGCCAGCCAAUCAAGUCGCCCUUUUAAGAUCAUCGCUGCAGUUAUCACCACUUUCUUCCUGUGCUGGGCUCCUUAUCACAUCAUGGCUUUAAUUGACUUGGUAAACCACAUGAAUAAUUAUACAUGUGAAACAUUAGAGCAUGUCACCACUAUCGGAGUCCCUAUAGCAACCAGCCUGGCCUUUCUCAACAGUUGCCUGAACCCACUGCUGUAUGUGUUCAUGGGCCAAGAUUUCAAGGAUAAAGUCCGCAAAUCCAUCCUGAAUGUUUUGGAGACUGCCUUCCAGGAAGAGGUUACUGGCUCUCACACUUACACAAAGUCAGUGGACACCAGUCAGAGCACUGGGAAGUCAGUUAGUACUGAAGUAUAAGUCUGUCCAUAACAAGAAGAAACAAAUACUGAAACUGUAAAUAGCAAAUAAUUUUGACCCAAAAUGUAUAUGUCAAAUUACUUUUUUUUCUUUUGUUGUCUUUAUACAUGGCGAGCUGUAAACAUUAUCUGAGAUUGAAGCUUUCCACUGAUGUAGUUUGAUUAAUGUGAUCGAACUGAUCUGGUAUCAAAGUGUAGGCCUACCACCUUUUAACUACGCCUACAGCAUUCACAACCUGAUAGAACAAACUGAUGGUAAUAUUGUACAAUAAGUUGUUAUGCCUUCUGUGAUCUAAAUCUUUGUUGAAUAAGGUGUGGGAUGUUUUUAGUCACACAGUUCUGUUAUUAGCUGAGAAUCACAGCAAUGCCCCAGGGACGUGCACAGGUACGUUGCCCAGGCAACAAUAACCUGUUUGCCCUGAUUGGCACAGCUGCCCCUCUGGAGAAAUAGCCUAAAUAAACUUUUCUUUCAUUUUUUUCUUUUUUCUUUUUUUUCUAGUCAUGUGACUUUGUUUAUUCUCACACACGGAGCACCGCCAGAGACGGUUUAGAAGUUACAGGAAAAAUAGUAGUAAAAUACUUUUAAUAGCUGAAAUAUGGGAUGAUAAGGCCAGAUAACUGGUUCACAAAGGCUUAAUAAUGUGUUGUAAUUGUUUGUUUAUACAAUAUAUAUAAACAAAAAUAUUCAUUGUGCCAAAUAAUAACAAAAGUUAUCUCAACCAGAAUCCAUGAGUGAAGCCACAGUCUAUAAAAAGUCAACUGGCCGCACUAGAGUGUUCAGUUGUCUUAGUGUGUUUUUUUGCAGUGAAAAGUACAGUAGGCUAUACUGUAUAAGUUUAUUCUGAUUCAAUAAUUCCAUUUAAGAUGAGGCCCUAACACAAGGCUCCAGACCAGAGAGUGAGGGAGAGCAGGCGGAGCAUCAUGCAACAAAUCAGACAGGGCCCUCCGAAUGUCUGUGCACGUCCCUGCCUCAGGGGAUCGUAAAAUGCCAUUUUCUGAACAAAAGAACCCAGCAGUUGUUUCAAAAUAGGUAUUACAUAAGUUUACAGUAAAGAAAACAUGCAAACAAUACAAGUCCCACUUGUUUAUAUCUGCACCACCAUUUUGGGAUCUUGUAGAUCUUGUAUUUUCAUUUUGCUCAUUCAGCCUGUAUGGUCAUUUUUACUGCACAAAUCACCCUGAAAUGCAUAUUUCUUAAAAUGAACUGAGCACCUGCAUCUACAGUACGUUGUUGCUUUCCAUGUAUUGACACCAUAGAAAGUAAUUUACCUGAAUUUGAACUGCUGGUUUGAUAAACUUUCAAUGUAUUUAUUGUAAGGACAAAUUAAACAGGGCAAAUAGUCUUAUCACUAAAUAUGACAACAUAGAACCACAGAAAAAUGGAAUGGCCCACUUGUUCUAUAUGUAAGACUGUGGGUUGAAGAUGUAGCGACCUGUCUAUAAGAGCUUAAUUUUAAUGAUGAUGAUGAUGAUUGUUAUUGUAAUUAUUCUUGCUAUUAUUAUUUUUCCAUUAUUCAAAUAUUUUUUGGACUUCACUGUCUUACCC